AUGAUUUAUAUGCGAGACACAGUGAACCACGUUGAUCUUCAGGAACUUAAGAAGAUCUUAUAUUAUUAUCCUGAUUUGGCUGAUACAGACACAAAAAUUAAGAAUGUAGGUCUGUGUGAAGCUCUUAUCAAGUUUACAGAAACAUUUAAUCCAAGUAAAGCAUGUGAAGCUCUGCAUACACAGAAAACUCGUCAACUGUUUUAUCAAGCUGAGACAGACUUUUGGAUGGCAAUGACAGUGAAUGUUCCUACCCAGCAGAGAACUAGAGAUGGCCAAGUAUACAUUGAAUACCUAGCAGAUGAUGUUCAAGAUCAUGUGUACAAGUCUAUACUUAAAACUUCAUAUUUAAUGUUCAGGUUAUUCAAUGGAACAUUUCAAAGAAUUUUAAGUAAAAGUGGGAAUAGUGAGAUGCUUAAAGAAAAACUAUCAGCAUUUUACAAAAAGUACUUACCUAUCUUAAAGCUGAGCCAAGCAGAUCUACUGGAUGUGUAUCAGGGUAUACAUUUCCUUCCAUUGGACAAGUAUGCUUUUUUAAAAGUUCAGUGUUUUGUCAAUCUACUUGAGGCCAAUUUUAGCCAUAUCAAGUACACUGCUUUCCUGUAUAAUGACCAACUAGUCUGGAGUGGACUGGAACAGGAUAACAUGCAAGUAUUAUAUAUGUACCUGACACUAUCGCUCAUUCCAUCUUUCCUGGAAACAGAGAUUCAAGGUGGUUCUGUUAUGCCUUCUACUAAAGUUGGUCUUGGAUCUCAUUAUGGGAG